CACUCUCUCUCUCUCUCUCAAACAUACACACAGACAGAACAGGAAGCUGCAACACAUGGGUUUGAAGAGCGACCUCAUAAUGUGUGCCAUAUUAGAAGCUGAAACCAUGGAAGAAAUGGUGUCUUCCAUGGAGAAAGCAAAGGAGGAAGGGGCAGAUUUAGUUGAACUCUGCAUAGACUCUAUGUCCUUUUCCCAAAUUUCGGAGGUCGAAGGUCUCCUUAAAAAAAGACCUCUCCCAGCAAUCGUCUCUUUCAGAGGCGGAUCCAAGGAGAUAUGCUUGCAAGUUCUCCGGCUCGCCCUAGAAUUGGAUGUCGAAUUCAUCGAAAUCGAGCUCGAGGUGGCCUCUAAUGUUGUCAUGACUGAGCUUAUGAACAAGCGGUCAAAUAGCAAGCUAAUUGUGUCGAGCUAUGUAAAUGGCGGGACGCCUUCUAAAGAGAAACUUGGUGACCUGAUUACAUGCUUGCAAUCCACAGGGGCAGAUGCCAUCAAACUUGUGGUUGAUGUCAUUUAUAUUACAGACGUUGCGCCAGUUUUCCAUAUGCUUACCCAUUGUCAGAUGCCACUAAUAGCAAGAGCUAUGGGAGAUAGAGGCCUUAUAAGCCAGUUAUUGGGUCCUAAAUAUGGUGCUUUUUUGGUCUGUGGAACUUUGGGAGGCAAAUCCAUACCUGGCUUGCCACCUCUAGCUAGCAUAAAACAAGUGUACAAGCUUGAACAUAUGGAUUCAGAUACAAAAGUUUUUGGUGUUGUCUCAAAUCCAGUAGGCCAUAGCAAAGGCCCUCUUCUGCAUAAUCCUGCCUUUGGACAUACAAAAUAUAAUGGAAUUUAUGUGCCAUUUCUCGUGGAUAAUGUCAAGGAAUUCUUCAGGGUGUAUUCAUGCAAUGACUUUGCAGGUUUCAGUGUUGGAAUCCCACAUAAGGAAGCAGCAGUAGAGUGUUGUGAUGAAGUCCAUCCCCUAGCCAAGGCCAUAGGAGCUGUGAACACCAUUGUAAGAAAGCCUACUGAUGGGAAGCUGGUCGGUUACAAUACAGAUUGUGAGGCUGGUAUAUCUGCAAUUGAGGACGCACUUAGAGAAAGACAAAUUUCCAAUGGGCAAGCAUCACAAGCUUCUCCUAUUGCCGGGAAAUUGUUUGUUUUGGUUGGAGCAGGAGGUGCAGGAAGAGCAAUGGCUUUCGGUGCUAAAAACAGAGGGGCAAGGGUGGUCAUUUUCAAUCGUAAUUUUGAGAGAGCGAAGGCUCUUGCACAAGCAGUUUCUGGUGAAGCUCUGCCCUAUGAAUGUCUGGACAAAUUUUGCCCUGAGAAUGGAAUGAUUCUUGCCAAUGCUUCUGCUGUGGGCAUGCAGCCAAAUACAAACCAGACUCCUGUUUCUAAGGAGGCCUUGGGAUCAUAUGAACUGGUUUUUGAUGCGGUUUAUACACCCAGAAACACUAGGCUAUUGCAAGAAGCUGCAGAGGCCAGAGCCAUAGUUGUGAGUGGCGUUGAAAUGUUCAUCAGGCAGGCGCUUGGUCAGUUCAAAUUGUUCACUGGUGGAUUAGUGCCAGAGGACUACAUGCGCAAGGUUGUAUUGGAACAGUUCUGA